AUGAAAUUAUCAAACAACUCUAUUCUGUUGGCCAUUUUGACAAUUUUCGGAUGUCUUUGUGUUGAGAGCACCGUUGUAGAUCCAUGGAUCUUCGAGUCCCGUCAUGAAUUGUACAAUUCCAUAUUGAAUGGAACACAUUUGCCAUCGAUUUUCGGAAACGACAACCAAGGCAAUUUAUUGUGGGGACUACCAAUCCAGUUGGUUUGGCAGUUCAAUUCCGGACGUUUGGAAACGACCACUCUUUCGUCGCAGCAACAUCGUAUCAAUGAGAGAUCGUGGUGGGCAUCAAUGAACUACUACCUCUCGGUGAUUCCAUAUUUAUCAGCGAUGAACCGUGGACUCGUUCCAGUAGUGGAAAUUGCACCACCAAAAACUUACCCAAAUUCUCUAUUCUGUCUCACCUAUGCCAGUUGUGAUAAAUCGGUCAUGUCCAAUUGGGACAAUUACUUUGAUGCCUACAUCCAAUUGUCACACAACUCCUCAGCACUGACCCUUGAUCAACUCCUUAAAAUCAUGUGGAUUGCCCACACCGGUAGUAUCCGUUACUCUGGCUCGAGAUUGACCGACUACAUCAAUCUUUUGCCACCAAAGGAAAAAAAUUUUGGAAACGGUUGGGGUAACUUUGUUGAGGUUUUGGACAUUGUUGGAUUCAAUACCAACUUUACCAAUGUAAAUGCCCUCGGUGUCAAUCUACCACCACGUAUGCUUUCAUUGUUUGACUUCCCACCAUUCAUUCACGAUAUGACAAGACCACAAAACAAUGUUGCAGCAUCGAUGCUCACCAUCAAUGACAUCACCAAGCUUCCAUUGGUAUGGAACGGUGCUUUGGAAACUCUUCGUGGACUCGAACUCAUUCCACAAUGUCACGAUCUAAUUCUUCAUGAAAUCAACGAUUUUAUCACUAACCCAAUCGACACCAUUCUUGAAUUGCUUGGAAAAAAGACACUUUUAUCAAAUUGA